AUGCAAGUCCUCCUUGUAGCGGAGCAGAAUAAUCAACUCUUGACUUUAAACCAUCAAGCUCGUCCCACUGGAUCUGCUCGAUUCCCUGAAGCGAAUGUUGCAUCAUCCAGUUAUGAUAAUAGAAGAGGACGAGGUCGUGGACGUGGUGGAAACCGUUAUCAUGGUCGUGGAAGAGGACGAGGAAGAAGAUUCCGUCCCUAUGAUGAAAGAAAUAAUAAAGACUUCCACGAAAUUGAAAGGAAUAAAAAGGGCCAGGAUGAUAAAAGGCAAACGGGAAAGGUUUGCUACAGAUGCGGCAUCAAAGGUCAUUGGGUACGUACCUGUCAUACACCAAAACAUUUAGCCGAUCUGUAUAGAGAAUCCCAAAAGGGAAAAGAGAAAGGAAGAGGUGAAACUAACUUCAUCUCUGAUGAACCUGGGCCAUCCUUUCAUGGUUUAAACGAUGAUACUCAUCUCGGCGUAUCGGACUUUCUGGUUGAGCCAUAG